UUCCAUAGCUCACCAAGCAGCUCCAUCCACCACUCCACUUCGCUCCUGUGCCUCAGGUAGCCACAACAUACAGUAUUAAAAUGGAUGCCCAGAACAAGGAGGUUGAUGCCCUGGUCCAGAAGAUCACCGGCCUCCACGCCGCCAUCGCCAAGCUGCCGUCCCUCAGCCCAUCACCCGACGUCGACGCGCUCUUCACCGACCUGGUCACCGCGUGCGUCCCCCCGAGCCCCGUAGACGUGACCAAGCUCGGGUCGGAGGCGCAGGAGAUGCGGGAGGGCCUCAUCCGCCUCUGCUCCGAGGCCGAGGGGAAGCUGGAGGCGCACUACUCCGACAUGCUGGCCGCCUUCGACAACCCGCUCGACCACCUCGGCAUGUUCCCCUACUACAGCAACUACAUCAACCUCAGCAAGCUGGAGUACGAGCUCCUGGCGCGCUACGUGCCGGGCGGCAUCGCCCCGGCCCGCGUCGCGUUCAUCGGCUCCGGCCCGCUGCCGUUCAGCUCCUACGUCCUCGCCGCUCGCCACCUGCCCGACGCCAUGUUCGACAACUACGACCUGUGUAGCGCGGCCAACGACCGUGCGAGCAAGCUGUUCCGCGCGGACAAGGACGUGGGCGCCCGCAUGUCUUUCCACACCGCCGACGUAGCGGACCUCACCGGCGAGCUCGCCGCGUACGACGUCGUCUUCCUGGCCGCGCUCGUGGGCAUGGCUGCCGAGGACAAGACCAAGGUGAUCGCGCACCUCGGCGCGCACAUGGCGGACGGGGCGGCCCUCGUCGUGCGCAGUGCGCACGGGGCACGUGGGUUCCUCUACCCGAUCGUCGAUCCCCAGGACAUCGGUCGAGGCGGGUUUGAGGUGCUGGCCGUGUGUCACCCCGACGAUGACGUGGUGAACUCCGUCAUCAUCGCACACAAGUCCAAGGACGUGCAUGCCAAUGAACGUCCCAACGGGCGUGGUGGACAGUACGCGCGGGGCGCGGUGCCGGUGGUCAGCCCGCCGUGCAGGUUCGGUGAGAUGGUGGCGGACGUGACCCACAAGAGAGAGGAGUUCACCAACGCGGAAGUGGCCUUCUGAUCGUUGCGAGGGAAUGAAAAUGAAGGUGGACGUGUGUGGUCAGCAUCCAUACGUGGCUGCCUGCUUCAUCGCUUGCAAUCGUACUACUACCUACCUAUGCAGUUCAAGUCAUGUGUUGUCAAUGUAAGUGUGAUGUUUACACUAGUCUAUGAAAGGCAGGGCAGACGAGGGUAGUGUGCCAAGUAAAAGUGUGUCAUUAUAGGUGUAAGUGUUGAGAAUAAGACCAUUUUUGUUCACAAAUAGUAUGAUGUAAUCGGUGUCAUAUUCGUAUUGAGUACAUUUGUCAAGUUGGUUGCUAAUUCACGGAUGACCCACAUUUGCUUUUGCCUUGUAAAUCCGUUCAUGACUCGACGGGCCGUCAGGAGAUCAACUUCAUCAUUUUUAUUGGAGCCA